CCUGAUGAUGUUGUAAAGACUGGUGAGCCUGAAACCGAGAGAGAUGCUGGAGCUGUUGAUGUGAAGCCGGUGAAUGGUGAAAGUGCAGGUGAAGAGGAGAAUGAAGUGAAUGACGAGGAGGCAAACCAUGUAGCUGAACAAAAUGUUCAAACUGAGAAGCCCCAACAAAGCUCAGUGGAUGGUGAGACGCUUUCUGUCGCGGAAGAUAAAGCUGGCCAAGAGAAGGAAUCAGGUGAUGGAAGUGAUGAUGCCAACAUGGAUGUUGAUAGCAAACAGGCGAAUGAAGAGAAUGUUGGAUCCGAGACCAACAAUGGUAAGGAUUCAGAAUCUGUGCAAGUUCCAGAGGAGUCUACUCAGGAAACAAACGAAGAAAACCCUGCUGCUGAAACAUGUGGUGAAGUAGAUACAACCCAUAAAGAAGAAAAUGGAGAAGCCAUGGAUGUCGAUUAUACUGAAGAGGAAACGCUGGAGAAGCUUGUUUUGGAUGAUGCUGGUGCAAGUAUGGUACCAACCCAAGAUGUUCCAAUUGCUGAAGCUGACAGCAAUUUAGUGAAGGGAAUGGAAGUUGAUGAAAGGAAAGAUGAUGCUGAUAUGGCAGUUGAAUCAGCAAAUCCAAAGAGUUCCAGUGAAGAUGCUGCUCCAGGAAAUGUACAAGACCUCAAAACUGAAUCUGGGAAUCUAUCAUCUUUGAAAGAGGAUAAGAAAGCUACUCUCACCGCAGAGGAAGUUGCCACCGAGGAGGAUGGUGGUAAAGUAAGCUCACAUGCUGAAGGUGUUGAAAAUGAUUUCAAUGAAGCACCUGUUGCUACAGAGUGUCCAGAAGAGGCUUCUGAUGCAAUUUUGGGAUCUGACGAGAAGGAUCAACAAGACACAAGGAGGGAGGAAGGUGACACUACUAAUGAAGCUCCAAUUAUCGAUCAAAACCAACAGCAGGAAGAUACAGUAAUGGAAGAAAAUCCUGACAACUCUGACUAUGCUGAAGUUGGAACAGAUUCUGAUAUCAAGACCAAUGGUGUGAAACGAAAGGCUGAUGUCCUGAGUGAACAAAAGCCCUCCUUUAAGAUCGGUGCAUGCAUAGCCAGAGCUGCUAGUCAGAUGGCAGGAUCUCCUUCUGUUCUCAAGGGUAGUAGUAACCUUGGUGAUGAGACUCUUUCUGUUGAGAGCUUUGUAUCCCAGCUUCACUCUGCAGCAACAGACCCUGUAAAAGAGAACGCUGUGUCUGAAAUCGCCUCUGGCUUUUUCUUAGAUUUCCGAAACUCAUCGGCUUCGCAGCAGUUUGUUCCAGAGAAGGCAAGCAGCAAAAGAGGUAGAUCCAAUUCGAGCGCAGCAGUUGGAACCGAAGCAUUUGAGUUUGAGGAAAUGGGAGACACAUACUGGACUGACAGGGUGAUCCAUAACGGUGGCGAAGAGCAAACGCCAGCUGCUACAGAAAAAGAAAACUAUCAAGUUGUGCCUGUUGAGCUGAAACCUGCUCAGGUCAAAAGGACUCGUCGUCCAUACAGAAGAAGACAGUCUCAGAUCAGUUACCCUCUUCCUUCAGCUUCAGACAAACCGGCGGACUUUGAUGAGAAUGCACCAGCUGAGCUUAUAAUGUACUUUUCCGAAGCGGAUGCAAUACCUUCUGAGAAGAGUCUGAGUAAAAUGUUCAGGCAUUUUGGACCAAUAAGGGAUUCACAGACUGAGGUUGACGAG